AUGCUCAAAUAUGGAGCAGACUCUUUGAUCUCUGAUUCUACUUGCCUUGUUAACUCCCUGAAACUAGAGAAGCUUCAUGAGGAAGAACAAAAUCUACAAUUUAGCUAUGAAGACAAGGUUCUUUUAAAAAAAGCUAACAUAUCUAUCGAAAGGGGUGAUAAAGCUGCCAUAAUUGGGCCAAAAGGUUGUGGAAAGAGCACUCUACUUAAGUUAACUAUGGGUUUACAAAAGCCCAACAGUGGUGAAGUAAUUCUUAGUGAACACAACGUGCUUCCAAACUACUUUGAGAAAAAUCAGGAAACUACUUUGAGAAAAAUCAGGUAAUGCUUCAAGCCCUUACUUGCCAUCCAUGCCCGG